CGCAUUGAUUUUUAUUACCUAUCGAUUGUCGCAAACGCCUUUACCGUAUCGUAACGACCGGAUACACGUGUGCACAAAGUCGUUUUUCCUUGUCGGUGUAUUUAUUGUUUUUAUUUCCGGUAUAUAAUUUCAAUUUUCACCCGUCCAGCAGCUACACUACCAGCCGACAGAUCACUUGGCUUUUUUUUUCUGACUAGCCAAGAUAUGACCGCCACUGAACGCUGUCCGGUAACCGGAUCGUACGUGUUGUAGACGCCACUGCAAAACGUCAUCUGUUCACCCUAAAAUUAUCUGCUUUAGUACCUACUUACUGGGACAACUACUACAGUCAUCGGACAGAUCUAUAAGAGAAAAUAACAAUAAUAAUAAAAAAAAAAUGGCACAACUAGUCUUAAACUUUAUCGACAGUUACCACGACAUAAUGGACAACAAAAGUGAUCCUAGAGUAAACGGCUGGCCAAUGUUGUCUAGUCCAUUCCCGACGCUGUUUAUUUGUCUGUUCUAUGGUUAUUUCGCCAAAACGCUCGGGCCAAGACUGAUGGAAAACCGAAAACCUUUUCAACUUAGAAAAGUACUUAUAGUUUAUAAUGCAAUACAAACGAUGUUCAGUGCUUGGAUAUUCUAUGAAUACAUGAUGAGCGGCUGGGGAGGAUCGUACAGUCUAAAAUGUCAACCGGUCGACUAUUCCUAUAGUCCUAUGGCCUUACGAAUGGCUCAAACGUGCUGGUGGUACUAUAUUUCUAAAUUCACCGAAUUUUUCGACACGUUGUUUUUCAUACUCAGGAAAAAGAACCAACAAGUGUCGACCUUGCAUGUCAUCCACCACGGAUGCAUGCCGAUGAGCGUCUGGAUGGGAAUGAAAUUCGCCCCCGGUGGCCACAGCACUUUCUUUGCGUUGCUCAACACGUUCGUACACAUCGUUAUGUACUUCUAUUAUAUGGUGUCGGCGAUGGGACCUAAAUACCAAAAAUACAUUUGGUGGAAGAAGUACCUCACUUCAUUCCAAAUGCUGCAAUUUGUGUGCAUUUUCGUCCACCAGUUCCAACUCUUGUUCCGCGAAUGCAACUACCCAAAGAGUUUCAUGGUUUGGAUAGGCCUCCAUGGCGUCAUGUUUUUGUUCCUGUUCUCAGAUUUCUACAAAUCCAAAUACACCAGUGACGGUAAACGGAGACCGGCGAACGACGGAGCUUGUAUGCCGGUGGAAGGAGCGAGUUAUAGCAAGUGUUCAUCCAACGAACACGACAACGUCGUGUACUAUUCGAACGGCAUCGUCAACGGUUUCAAAACGACUGAAGACGCCAAAACCAAAUAGUGAUGAGCCGAUACGAUUAAACGUUCCUAACCGAAUAGAGAACAGCUGGCGGAUAUAUGACACAAUCACCAAUAAUAUAAAGCACACUCAAAACCAAUAAAACAUAAUAAAACACAAUAUAAUGAUAUAAAAAAUAUUGAAAAUGAAUUAUUUGAGGAAAAAAUGUCCAUAACUAAACUAAGAAAAUAAAAAAAAAAAUAAAAAAAAAACAAAAAAAUCCGUAUGCAACAGUGCAGCUUAGACUUAACACUGUUUGUCUGAGGUGUACGUGUAACAACAAAUGUAACGUAUAAACAAACAUAAUUUAACUAAAACGAUAUGUAUUGCAGUAUGUACAAUAUUGUAUAUAAUACCUAUUUACAUAUAUGUACUUACAUUUUUGAUUUAAAGAUUCAUUUAGAAGCAAUUUUAAUGUAGCGCAUUUUUUUUUUCAUACGAAUUUGUAAUAAAUGUUUUUUUUCUUUAUUAGAACCCAGUAUUAUUCGCGAAUUGGUUUGAAAACGUGUGCAAUGCUUGAAGUACUUAUAUAUUAUUAUCGGUAGGUAAAUUUCGGGGGAUGGGUAUAAGUAUAUUAUGUAUAUAGUAUAUCGAAUAACAUUUUUUUAUUAUUAUUAUUAACUCGUACACUUCGUAAUGAUAUAUUUAUAUACUUAACGUUCGAAUUAUAUGUACCCAUCCUGGUGGAAUUUUCUCUCUUGUUUUCACUCGAAAUAUAAUAAUACAAAUCAAUAAAUUACAUAAUAUUAUAUUACGUAUAUAAUUAUAUUCAAAACGAAUAAGAUUAAACGGAGGAACAGUACAAACGAUAUUAAAUACACUAAUUAGGUAGAGUUAUUUUGGAAUUGUGUUACCUUUCGUAUAGGUUAUGUUAUUAUGAUAAUUUUAAAUUUAUAUAUAUUUUUUUUUGUUUCCCAUAUAUUGUUGUGUACAAUGUAAUACAUACGGCAACGAAAAAUAUAAACGUAGAACUCUCUAAGUACAACCUUAUAUAAUAUAGUGUCAACGAUAUAUAUAUAUAUAUA